AUGCACAUACAGUGUUACUGAACUUCAUACUGUUUGACACAGCGAGGGUAACAACUGGCAAGAAUUUCAGAAUGAUAUUGGAUUAAAAGGAGCGGUUUUUUUUUGUCACUUGAACUUCAGGCAGAUUAAAUAGCACAACAGACCAGCUCUCCAGCCGUGAUUUGUGAGUUACAGCUGUCCUUUGGGUGCUGACAGAUAGCCAUUGCUGAGGUCUUUGAGUGAAGAGGGAAAAUAAUCUCUUGUCAAAAAUAGGUAGAAAAAGCCAUAAGUAACCCUAGGUAAUUUAAAGUGGGGAGUAUUUCUUCUUCUGCUUACUCAUGAGAACUUGUACUUGCAUCAAGGUGACCUGCAACUCAAUGGUUUGUUGGUGAGAGUGCAUGGAAACUCUGCUUUUAGCAACGUGACAAUGACUGGUGAAAUGAGUCUGAUGCUUAUCAGUCUUUUACUGGUUCGCUUAGUGUUGGGGUGCCCAGAGGAAUGCAUCUGCAGUGCAAGAUCAGAAACAGUAGACUGCCGAAAUCGUGGACUAUCUGAAAUCCCCAGUAGUCUACCUCGAGAAGCACAAGUACUUUACUUGCAGGGAAAUCACAUUCAGGGACUUAACCAGUCUGUAUUUGCUGACCUAGCUUUGCUGGAGCAAUUAGACCUUUCCAACAAUAACAUUUCAGGUUUGCACACAAGGUCAUUUGAAGGACUAAUUAAUCUUCAAGUUCUCAAUCUCACCAGCAACUAUAUUCAGCACAUUGAUGAGAAAUUGUUUGGUUCAGUUCAGCAUCUGAGUAAACUGGACCUGUCAGCUAACUCCAUUUCAAGUUUACCCAGCUCUUUUGGUAAUGGUUUGAAGAACCUAACAUGGUUUGCUAUAAGUCAUAACAAGAUUCUAAACAUCAGCAGAAGUCUGUUGGACUCUUUGUCAAAUCUCCAGGUUUUUCAUUUCAAGGAUAACCCCUGGCUAUGUAACUGCAGCAUUGUUGGGCUCAAACUCUGGCUGGAAUACUAUCUCUUCAGAGGUGGAACAAUUGAUGAAAUACUUUGUGAGAUGCCUGAAAAGCUGAAAGGGAAGGACCUUUUGAAAGUUCCAUAUGAAAUAUACAGAAUGUGCCCUCCUAGCAGUUCACACAUUUUACUUCCUAGCAGCCAUUAUGUUAACCCUGAUCACCAAACCAGAAAUGAACAUGUACUUAAGGGUGAACAUGAAGACAACAGUGAUUCAGACUGUGAGCCAAAACUAAAACCAAAGCCACUAAACUUACGACAUGCGGUUGCUACUGUUGUAAUAACAGGAGUUGUUUGUGGAAUUGUAUGUUUAAUGAUGCUUGCAGCGGCCAUUUACGGCUGUGCCUAUGCAGCGAUUAUGGCUAAAUACCACAGAGACCUAAAGAAAGUACAACACUUGGCUCAGGCUACCGAGCAAGGAAGUGCAGAGGAAAAAGAACCACUUGACAAUUCCUUGGCAUGACUUUGUCCAACCGAUUUCUCCCCAAAUGAACUGUAAUUUCAACAGUUGCAUAUUGUUUCAAAUGAUGCUACUUUAUUUUUAUGCUUAAAUUUCUGAUAUUGUCAGAAAAUACACUGUAUAAAAGUUAAGCAUGAGUCAUAUUUUAUGAAUUACAUUACAUUAUUCGUGAUUAAUAUCAUAAUAACAUGCUACAGCAACGAAUUUGCCAAAUAAUCAAAAGGGAGAGAAACAUGUAGUUUAGUUCCCUGCACUGUUAAAAGUUUAUUUUGUUAUAGUCUACAGAUCCUGUCAACUCUGCUGAAAGAAGCAAUACACACUUAUACACAUCAUCAAGCAAAAGACAAAGUUCUAGCAUUUUAAAAUAUAUGACAUACUUAAAUAUGUAACUCUGUAAGUUAUUUAAAAGAGUUUAAAGCUAUUUUCGUUUUGCAUAUCCGAGUUUUAUACAUUUACCCUUCCUUAAAAUAUACAGACAUACUUCUACUAUGAGGUAAAAUAUAUCUGACUGUAUAUAAACUGUCAGGCGCACAGAUUGUCAGACAUAGACACAGACAUACAAACACAAGCAGACAGACAGACAGACAGACACGCACACAGGCACAUACAGGCAUACACAUAUACAAAAUGCAUGCAUAGUAAAGUCUUGCUCAAACAAAAGCUUAUACAUUCUAUAACAGAUCCUUCACAAGCUAAAAUUUACUUUCUGAAACAAUUUUCUAAAGCAUAUAAUGAGUUAAAUUCUGUGCAGAAAAUUGAAAUGUAUGAAAACAAUAAAAAAAGUCUUUAUCAAGUGUUUCAGAUAGAUUAAAAGAAAAAAAUAUAUAUAUUUUUUUUUAUUUCCAGAGUUUUCCUUUUCUAAAAUUGAAAGGACCAUUUCUGUCUGAGAAGUUAAAUGUAAGAGUAGAUGUACAGCUAUGAAACUUUUAGAAAAUUUCUAUCAAGUGUCUUUUAUAGACUAAAAGAGUAAGUAUGACAGUUUUGUUUUGGCCUUUUCUGUGUUAAGUAUGUUUUGACACAUAAGCUCUUAUAAUAUAAAUAAAAGAGGUAGAGUUUUUGAUGAUGAAUAAAACUACACAUUGUGUGUGUUAAUUUUUUUAUGUUUUCUGUUUCUUCCUCCAUCAUGUAAAUUUUUUUCUGUUUUCUGUUUCUUCCUCCAUCAUGUAAACUUAUUAGGCAUAAGAGCAUCUUUUCCAGAGCAAAUUCAGAGCACUAUCUACUUAAAAGUCAUGGAGUAGAAAAAAAAAAGUAGAAGAAAACAAAUCCACAACUACAAAAUUAAAUUCAUUAGCAGUUUGCAGCUUCUCAACUCUUUGCCACAUUGCUAGUGUUGAUUUAAAUAUCACAUUAUGCCUUUUUUAUACAAAGUAAAACAAUGUAUAUUCCAUUUGAUGCAAAUAAUUGAGAAUGCAUUUUUGACAAUAGUGUUUUUUAAUUGAAGAUCAACAUGAGAUUUGUUGAAUGUCAGGGUUGAAAAGCAGAACAAAAGUGAUGUGCAGCACUAUGGCUGGGAAUCAUAGACAGCUGCCUUGUUUACAAAUCUGUAUGCCUUGCGUACUAUGCAAGCCUGCACAGAUUCAUAAACAGGUUAUUGCAGCUCUUCUGACCAGAAAGAGUUUCUGCACCACGUGUAAAUGCAGUGGUCGGAUGUGGGCCUAUUCUAAUUUGACCUAUUAACAGGUCAGUCUGCUACCAAUUUAAGUAUCUUACAUAACACAGAAAUCAUGGACAUCUGUAUCAUGCAAGUUACUCUUCACAGCAGUGCAGAAAAUGCUUAUGUCUGCAUUGCAAUUUGCUGAUGUGCACUACCCUAACUGUAAGUGCCUGACUAUUUGUGUAUGAAAUGGGUGAUACUAUAUGUCUUUUUAACUGUGUGUGAAGUAUGGGCAGUACAGGGACAGCAUGUGGUGCAAUCAAUUUGUGUGCACAUAAAUGUUUAUUAUGACUAUGUGUAUGUAAGGUGACUGAUGAAUGGCUACUACCUGAUGUGACCUGUGGCAAACAUGAAUGAACAGAUUGCAGGAUCGCAGAUGCAGACUUUGCAGAUACUGGAUGUAUGUACGUCUCUCUGUAUGCAUGUCUGGAUGUGUUUGCAUGUUUCUCCCUUUUUUAAUAUCUCCAUAUCUUUUGGGUUUUGAAUACCAUAACAGGAACGGACCCCUUUCUUAAAUCAAAGUACAAUUAAAGUUCAAGAAAUUAGUAUUGUUUCAGUCUUUGAUGUCAGCCAGAAGUGCUCUUCGCAGCA